AUGUCUGAUGAUCAACCACCGAUAGGAAGGAAACAAAAAUUUAUGAAUUUGAUGAAAACAACCAGAGAUGUUUAUAUUCCAAAUAUAAGAUCUACUAUAUCUCAAAAGACAGCAGAAGGAUUCAGGGCCGCAACAACCCCGAGUGAGGGCAGAGUUUUAUCCCAUCAAUAUCCGCUCGAUAUGAACAUUAGGAUAUAUCCUACAUAUACCACCAACCUGAAACCUAAUUUAUUUGAAACAAUUGUACGUUUUAACGUAAGCGUUCCUGCAAAUUUAAAUACAAGGAAAAAUAGGCUGAUACUGUCAUUAUGCAAACAGUAUCUUAGAACCAACGAGGUAGAUGAUGAGACGAUUGAGCAACAUUUUGAUGAGGCCCCUUUGGAUACUGAUACAGAAUCUACUUCAAGUAGUAGAUUUACCUCUGGAAGCAAACUGAACCUGGCAGAGUCUGUCAAUAGUACUGACAACAACGUUUUUCAAAGAGAGAACACUUCCAAAAAAGAGCUUUCCGUUUUGAGGGAAAGGGUGACAGAUUUCCUAUCUAGAUCUGUUCCUGGUGUUGCUACUAUCAUCGAUGUUUCCUCUCCUGAUAAUCCAGAAGAGGACAAAACGUUCUUUGAGACAACAGAUGAGACAGGAAAUGUCACUGUUAGGCUCCAAACAAAUUACGCACCAAGUUCCAUUCGUGUGACGUUAGAUACACCUCCUAGUUAUCCGUCUUUAAUAUCAAAAGCUUAUGCUUGUAAUUUAGUAAAUCCUGAUGGUAUCGGCUUGAUUAGUGACAUUGACGACACAAUAAAACACACUGGAAUAACUGGCGACAAGAGAUCAAUGUUCAGAAACGUUUUUGUAAAUAGUGCUGAGACCUGGGUUAUUGAUAAGAUUCCUCUAUGGUAUAAUGCUCUUAGAAAUGCAGCUGAUGCUUCUUUUUUCUAUGUCUCCAACUCUCCCAUCCAGACUUUCCCAGUAUUGAACAAAUAUAUCAUGGACACUUUGCCCCAGGGUCCACUUUUUCUCAAACAAUAUUCGGGAAGUUUUUGGUCCAGUAUCAUGACUUCAAGCGCAAACAGAAAGCUGGACACUAUCACCAACAUACUCGAAGAUUUCCCUCAGAAAAAGUUUAUUCUGGUGGGAGAUUCUGGAGAACAAGAUUUUGAAGCCUACAUUGGAACAGCAUUAAGAUAUCCUGACCAGAUUAUAGGAAUAUAUAUUCGGUGCUGCAAAAAUUCCAUGAGUGACAUGGGCUUACGCGAACAAGAAGUUCAAAAGGAGUUAAAUAAUAUAAUUACAAGGGAUUACAGUAAACCACUAAGUUCCACUCCAUCUUCAACAAAUAUAUCACCACGUAAAAGACCACCACCACCGCCAGUUCCAAGGAAAACUUUUCAGUUAUCAUCAGAUCAGUUGAGUGAAAUUGACAGGUCACGCUCAAGCCCGGCUCAUAGUAGUGACACUAUUAUAAAUGAUGGGAUGAUCGAAACUCCACCACGCUUGCCUUUACGGAAACCAUCGUCUAGCCAAUUCAGUAAUCCCGGGUCUUCAAUUCAAACAGUUCCAUCAACCUUGAGUGACUACGAUACAACUGAUUUAUAUUUUGACAGGAAAGCUGAAACAUGGAGAGGCAGGGUAUCACAAGGAAUUCGAGAUUUGAUAGAAAUACAAAAAUUCGAUAUGGGAUUGUUGUUUUUCAAUGAUCCUGAACAAUGUCUGGAGGAUAGCAUGGCGAGAAUACGAAGUCUUCAGAAAGACAAUUCAUAA